AUGACUGUACAUGUAAAUGGCUAUCACAAGGAUUCUAUGGCAUCUGUGAGCAACUGUAGUCACCAGUGUCAGUGUAACCUUGACAACUUUGUGUCAUGUGAUCAUGUCUCUGGCAACUGUACUUGCAAACUCGAAUGGGAGGGUCCUACGUGUGAGACAGACAUAGAUGAGUGUACAACAAACACAUACAACUGUAGUGAUCCUCACGAGACCUGUAACAACACGGUUGGAGGAUAUGACUGUCUAUGUGUGGAUGGUUAUCAGAAGGAUUCAUCUGGCAUCUGCGAGCAAUGUGCUAACAACACCUUUGGCACGAACUGUAGUCACCAAUGUCAGUGUAACUUUACCAACACUGACUCAUGUGAUCAUGUCUCUGGCAACUGUACUUGCAAACUCGAAUGGGAGGGUCCUACGUGUGACACAGACAUAGAUGAGUGUGUGACAAAUACACACAACUGUAGUGAACAAAAAGAGAUCUGUAACAACACUGUUGGCGGAUUUGACUGUACAUGUAAAGAUGGCUAUCACAAGGAUUCUUAUGGCAUCUGUGAGCAAUGUACCAACAACACCUACGGCCAGAACUGUAGUCACCAGUGUCAGUGUAACCUUGACAACUUUGUGUCAUGUGAUCAUGUCUCUGGCAACUGUACUUGCAACAUCAAAUGGGAGGGUCCUACGUGUGAGACAGACAUAGAUGAGUGUACAACAAACACAUACAACUGUAGUGAUCCUCACGAGACCUGUAACAACACGGUUGGAGGAUAUGAUUGCAUAUGUGUGGAUGGUUAUCAGAAGGAUUCAUCUGGCAUCUGCAAGCCCUGUGCCUCGGGAAAUUUUGGGACCAACUGUUCGUCCGAUUGCACGUGCGCUGCAGAAAACACCGUCAACUGCAGCAACGUUGACGGCACGUGCACGUGCAAGAGCGGGUGGAAUGGAGCGAACUGCGAUCAAGACAUCGACGAGUGUGGACAAAGUCCUCCACCUUCUUGUGUCGCCAACUCUACCUGUUCUAACACCGAUGGCAGCUACAUGUGUGUCUGCAACCCUGGUUUUCAACUUCUUCCAGACGAAACGUGCACAGAACUGGCUCAAAUUCCGCUUGCACUGACGCUAAACGGGAGCUUGCGAUAUUCAGAAGAAGAGCUGGAAAAUAAAUCGUCAGACGCUUUCCAGAAUAUGUCUGCUGAGAUUAUCAGAGAGCUCCGGAAACACUUGAAUGAUCUUGAUAUAAACGACACGAUUCCGAAUAUCAUAAUCACUUCUAUACGGAAUGGAAGUAUUAUCACUGAACUUGUAAUGGUAAUAGAUAACAAAACACAGUUUGAAGCUGUCACUAAAGUUGCUAAUGCCCUGCCACAGCUUAGAGAGGCAAGCUUUACUAUCAAUGGAGAAACAUCUUGGCUCAGAAAUCUCACCAUAAAUAAUAUUACAAUUGAAAAUGCCUGUGACAUACUGAAAGAGGGAUAUUGCAGCCCAAAUGAAACCUGUGAUUCUUCAGAUGACACACCUUCCUGCAAGAAGACACCAGUUAGCUCACUACAGAAAUCAUCAUUGAACCUGGAACUGGUGAUUGGACUUUCGGUUGGCAUUCCACUUUUUGUCAUCAUCGUCACGGUCAUUGCAUUCUUGGCCUACCGACGAGUCAAGAAAAGAAACGCCACUUUGCGCAAAACUAUUUCUGAUGACAACCAAAGUGAGAUCUCCACAAUAUUUUCAAGACGACUGCCAAUCUUUGGGAUGCUAAGGCGUCACGGAAUGUACAAACCAGAUAAUUUAUCUGAGACUUCCAAUGAAGACAACAAAUACGAGCAUUACAGGACACGCACCAGUGAUCCUGGUUAUUCCGAUAGCUCUCCAUGGACUACACGAAGACUGAAGGAGUCAAAAAGACUAGGUAACUCACUUUACAACUGAAUAACAUAAUAAUGGCAAUGAAACAAUCUUACAUCAUGGUCAUUGUUUGUCUUAAGACAAU